AUGGCAAGGAAGAGAAAGGUUGCUGAAGAAGUGGAAGAGAGAAACCUAUGUGAGGGAACCAUGGCUUGGGAUGAAAUGAUGAAGCAAGCUGCUGCACUUGGAGGAGCCCAAAGAGCUAGGAAAAGAUUUGUUGGAGUAAGGCAAAGGCCAUCAGGUAGAUGGGUAGCUGAGAUAAAAGACACCAUCCAAAAGAUCAGGGUGUGGUUAGGAACUUUUGACACAGCUGAAGAAGCUGCAAGAGCCUAUGAUGAAGCUGCUUGUUUGCUUAGAGGUGCCAACACUAGGACAAACUUUUGGCCUUGUUCUCAAUCUUCCUCAAGUCCUGCUCUUUCUUCAAAGAUCACAAAUCUACUACUUCAAAGGCUUAAAGAAAGGAACUCUUGUUCCUCUAGCUCCUCCUCUACCCUUGUUAGCAAUCACCAACAAAUGCAACAAGUAGAUGCAUGUGGAGCAGGAUCAACAAAAUUCUCAAUUGACCAAUUCGCUGAUUUCCUCAAUGACCCUGAAGAUUAUAACACAAGCAACAAUGACUUCAUCAAUAACACUGCACAAAUUGAUUACAUUACUAGUAGCUUUGAAUCAUGUUUAACUGAAAAAGAUGACAACAAGGAAACUGAAAUGGGUAUGGAAUGUAAAUCCACUAAUGUGACACCACAGACUCCAAGUAAUGAUAGCAAUUCAGGAGUGGAAAGAGAGGAAGAUAGUGAAGAAGAAGGAACUGAUUUUGGUGUCCAUGAUUUUAGAUUUCUUGAUACUAUUGCUCCACCAAGUUACUAUUCUCCUUUUGAGAUGGCUGAAGAGAUGGAGGAGCCUGUGGAGCCAGAAAACUUUGGUGACGACCCUUCAAUGCUUAGAGCUGUCAUGAAGCGAAUGACAUAUGAAAGAAAGUUCUCAGCUUCUCUGUAUGCCUUCAAUGGAAUUCCUGAGUGCUUGAAGUUGAAACUUGAAUCAGGAAACAUGAAGGGCAGAGGGAUUGCCGAUCAAUUAACCAACCUACAAAUGGCUUGUAGCAAAAACAAACUUGAGAAGAACAAGGAAGAGAAAGAAUACAUGGAAACAACGGAAAGGAAAGAGGAAGAACACCACCAACAAACAUCACCUGAUAUGGAUUCUUCUUCAUCUAGUGUUGAUGGGGAACUCUUACUUUGGAAUUCCCUAGAUCUUCCUCCUAUUUGCUUUGUUAACUUAUUAGAAAAUGGUUCAUUCCAUUAG